GAUCUUCGUCACAGCCAUCCCAUCUUCAUCUACUCUUUAAACUCUUAUACUUACACAUGAUUGUCAAUUAGAUGACACUGAGCGACCUUCUGGUACUCCAUCCGCCCCGUCGACGCCUCGCAGUCGUAGUCACGCUCGACCGAUAGCCAUUGAUCAGCCCCAACUCAAACGCUUCACUUCUGCUCCUGCUCGUACACCUCCUGAGCCUCUAUCUGCUCGAGGUGACCUGCCUGGAGGAUACUUUCCCCUCCACGAGGAUCCCACCAGUCGUGUGCACCGUCCACAUCCAUUCCAGAAUCAUCCAGACGCCCGUAUGAGCCGUCUUAUCUCGGAAUCAGGACCAAUCUACGCGGAUCGUCCCACUUCACAUCCUGCUCAAAGUGCACUCAUGUCUCAAUCAAACAUGCCCGUUGCUUCAUAUCUUGCCCCGGGCUUCCAUGACAAUCCACUUCCAAUGGGCAAAUACUACCCGUCAAAUUACGAGAGCAGAAACGGCAAUCAGAGCAAUAUGAGGCCCCCACUGAACGGGACUAUGUCAUCCAAUAUUGGGCCCGAUUCCCAGACAGUCCCUCGCGCGAAUAGUCAAUCAAACCCAGAGACAGAGCUUCGCCGUAAGCUGCAGCAGUAUCAACGCGACAUGAUUGCACAGGCAAGUAUGGCUGCCAACGAACUUCUCAGCAGUUCGGCCAAGUCGGGCGAUAAACCCGGCAUAUCACUCAACUCUCUGCCACUCCGUGACUCGCGCUUCGCCACUACCGGAUCUCAUAAACCUAUAUCGCCUCGACUUCUUCCCUUGGGAAGUCCCGGCCCUGUCACUCCAAUGGAUCUUGAGUCCAUGGGUAGCGGCGACUACCUGAGCCGAUAGCGAAACAAGACUGUUGUGAAUCCGAUUUGUCGUUACGGCACAUAUGAACUCGGAUUGAGUAAGAUGACACGUUAGGCAAGUAGAUUGACUUGGUUUUCUUUCUCAAAAGGCGUUGGACGGAGACAGGCCCCGUAGUGGCUCGCUAUUACUCCUAGGUGGCAUUGAGCGUGUUAUUUAAUUGCA